AGUGCCAGUGUCGGGCGCGCCGCGGCGGAACGAGGCAGAGGUACAGGACAAAAGCGCAGGCGCUAGGCACUUGACAUUCUCUUCCUCAUUCUGGCCUUGCCUCGGAAAUGGGAGACACGGAGGAUGUCGGCGGUCCCGUGCCGGAAACCAGCGGAUACGUCGACCUCGCGCUGCUCGAUGGCGGCAGUUUUGUUGGGGACAUCGGAAAAGUGCAUGCAGGAGUCAGCAAUGCCAAGUUCCGCAUGUACAACUGGGCUUUCUACAUCUCCCACCAGGGGAGACACCUGUUGUGGGACCUCGGGCUGGACGAAGAUCGCUCGUGUUAUACGCCAUGGGUGAACAAGUUCAUGCUGGAGGGAGUCAACCAUGUCGGGCCGAGAAGAACCAUCGUGAAUCAAUUGGGCGAGCGAGGCGUGUCGGCCGACGCGGUAGACGCCGUUUUCUUCAGCCACGCCCAUUGGGAUCAUUGUCGACCGAUCCGGGACGAGUUUCCCAACGCGACGGCGUAUUUCGGACCGGGCACCAAGGAAGGCUGUUCGCCAGGGCACAUGGCGGAUCCGAGCGUGCAGUGGGACGGCCGCUUCUUCGAUCCCGAGCGUGCGACGGAGCGGUGCGAGGAGCUCAAGGGCCCAUGGGAGCCGUUCGGCCCGUUCGAGCGCGCGCUCGACUACUUCGGCGACGGCAGCUUCUGGAUCAUGCAGGCGCCGGGCCACAUGGCGGGCAACAUGUGUGCGGCAGCACGACUGAGGGGAGGCGAAUGGGUCCUCCUGGGGAGCGACUGCUGCCACUCAAGAGAGCUGCUCGACGGGAGGUACGAGAUUGCGCAGUUUUGCGCGCCUGGGGGCGGGACCAUGUCGCUGCACGCGGACAUUUCGGCAGCCCGGGACACGAUUGCAAAGAUACGACGGCUGGAGAGGGACUGCGGGUUCCACGUCGCCCUGGCGCACGAUGCCGCCUGGCUGAAGGACGGCUCGGACGCGGUGCUGAUGUCGCUGCUGGACGAGCAGAUGACGCGGGCGGCGAGGGAGCGGAUACCCAGGGACGAGAUACCAUAGACGCCAUCAAUGGAAAGACUGCCCGCGCGGUGUUGAGCAUUCGUGACUUUCCUUGACGGGUGAGGGAGAUACGACGCGAGGGCACGUGACCUCCCGGCCUUUAGUUAAUUCCGCGUCGACUGUACUGUA